AUGGCGCUGCUACCUUCUUGUCCCGUUCCAAAUUCUAACACUGUCAGAGUAAGUGCCGAAGAAAGACGGGAAGACAUCAAAGAAGCCCAUGUUGAAGUAAGUACUGAAGAAAGAAGUAAAGUGAUUGUUGAGGUAUGUAUUGAAGAAAAUAGUGAAGUGAAUAGUGACUUGAAUGAAGUGUCGGUUCCUGACCAUGGACCUAUAAUCCGGACAAUUGAUGUACAAAACGCCACCUCGAAUGCAGAUCAUUUUCCAGUGCUGAAUAAAACUAUACGAUAUGACACUCGUAAAAUACCAAGAGACUUUCUUACAAAUAUUAGCGGUGUAGAAGAAAAAAUUAUUGGACUAGAAAAAGAGCUUUCUGACAAUCGAAAUAUAUGUGAAGCUUAUUCCAGUUUUGUAGAUAUUAUCAUUAUCAAAAUUGAACUGAAGCAACGAGUGCCACAACUAAAGACAUCAUCGUGUUCAUCAAGAAAGAGGAAAAGCUUACACAAACCUCACUGGAAUGACGAACUUUCAAAACUAUGGAAAUCAGUCUGUGACAAGGAAAAGGCUUGGAUCAAGUGUAACGAACACUGUUCUAAAAGAAAACUGCGCAAGGAAUUCUGUGAGGUAAGAGACAUUUUUGAUAAAACAAACCGUAGGUUUAAGAGACUGCAUCAAUCACAUGAACAGGAUCGAUUACUGAACCUUUACGAAUCAGCCAAUAAACAAGAUUUUUGGAAACAAUUUGGAAAAAUUGGAAUCGCUAAUGACCGGAAAAGUUCAAUACCAAUGAAAGUAGAAACGGACAAUGGAUUCUCGAGUGACCCGGGAGAUGUAUUACAGCGUUGGAAACAUGACUUUCAUAAUUUAUUGAACAAGCCCUUAAGUAGUGAAUUCGAUGACAUACAUUUAGAUUUUAUCAAAACCGGAAGUCACACAUUCCCGAGUGUAAACUGUGAUUCACUAAACCGCGAUAUAACUGAAGAGGAAGUGCGCAACAAAAGAAGUAGUAAUUUGGCAGCAAUGGGGGACAUGGGAUGGCUGAAGGGUGAUAAUUUAGUUAAGAUUGAAUUGUUUAGAUAUUGGAAUAGACUUAAACUCAACGAUAAUAUUCUUUGUAAAACUGUACAUAAAUGGGCCAGUAGACGUAAGUCCUCCUGGGAUGACCGAGUAUUAAGUAUCGGUCGAGAACUACAUGUAUUAAAUGAUCAAAGUGACACUGUAUGUAUUGAUGAUGUGUGGGAUAGUCUAUGGGAAAGGGAAGUGGAUAUCUGUGAAUAUUUCUUACGACACCUUGUUGAAUUGAAUUGUACUCAAUCAACCCGGAUAAAAAUCAGUAAUCUUGGUAUAAUUUCUAUUCAGUCAAUGCGUCAUCGCAAGUCAAGGCUGAAAAUAUCCAUGCACAGUAUUGUUCAAUAA